AUGGAAAUUAUCUCUGUUGGUUCGUUUUUCGUAUGGGAUUCGUCAAGGUUAAACGGAGCUAACUCAGACAGGGAAGCUUCAUAUCAUGUUAAGCCUGAACACACUGAAAAGAAGCUGCUUGUUAAUGUGUCUGCACUACUGGCAUUCUCUGAACAGACAAGCAGCAACUUUUCUGCACUUUCCGUGGAGGGCAUUUUCGAUCCGCUCGUUAGAAAAAUGUAUCUAAUUGGCUGCAGAGACAUUUGUUCGUCCCCGUCCUGGAGAGUUUUACACGAGACCAUGGAUCUUGAAGAUGGCUUGGAUUGUCUCAUUGAAGUGGUCGUGUUUUAUCCUCCUACUACAGCUCCAUGGUUUAUCAAUCCAUCUGCAGUGAUUUCCAUUUCUAGCCAACGGUCAGAAGAUGACCCUUUCUAUUUCUGCCCAAUAAAACUCGAAACGAUGCCGAUCAUGUAUAGGAGGCAGCGACAAGAUAUUCUUUCUCGUAAGAUCGUUGAGGUUAUACUCCAGAUAUUGACACUUUCCGUGGCUGAUGCUUGCAUCUUGAGCCAAAUAUUUUAUAUAAAUGAUAAGAGGGAGUCUGUUCCAUACAUAUCUCUUGUUACUUUGGGAGUUCAGUCCCUUGGUUAUACUCUUCCACUGGUCACUCGUGCUGAAGCUUACUUUAUUCAACGAGGUUCCAUAUCUUAUAACGAGUCGUAUGAUCUCGGAAAUAACCUUUGGUUCAUUGUAAAGCUUCAAGUUGUGAUCUCACUUCUAUUGACUUUGAGGCUUUGCCAGAAGGUUUUGAAAUCUAGGAUCAAGUUACUACGACAAGCUCCUCUUGAACCACAUCGUGUCCCAAGUGAUAAGUCGGUGCUUAUUGCAACCUUCUUGAUACAUCUCGUCGGGUACGUUGCUAUUCCCAUUGUUCAUACUUCAAGGACAGCCGAAAUCCGAUUAAAGAGUUCCAUGAUUCCUAGCAGAACUUCAGGUUCCGACGUCCUGCAGGGAUGGGAAAAAGACCUACACGAAUAUGUAGGUCUUGUUCAAGAUUUGAAGUUCUAUUUCAUUGGAAUCACAUUGGCCAGACUUCUCCCACACAUCUAUGACUUUGUGAAUCCAAGCAUGGAUUUCUACUCUACAUUUGGGGAUGUUUCCAUUCCUUUGAUUGCGUUCAUCCUUGCUGUCAUCGUCUACGUUCAGCAGCAAUUGAACUAUGAGAAAUUCAGUCGGGCUCUCAUCGUCGGGCGGGUUAGGUUUCUUCCAAGAGCUUCCAAAAUGUAUCAAAGGUCGCCUUCCAAGUCAUUAUGA